CCUUCAAGGCUUCAACGGGACACAAAAAGGUCCAAAACGAGAGAGGGUUUUAUCUAAAACUAAAACCCUUUGUAAAGGAUUACAAAUAAAAGUAGCAAAUGAAUUGAAACACAAACACAAUGCCAUUGCCCCAAGUCUCAAGCCUCAACCUCAAUCUCCGCCUCCUCUUCCCACUUCUUUCUCCAUUUAAACCCUCUUCUCUCUCCUACCUUAAACCCAUCAACCAUUCUUCUUCCCUCUUCACCGUUCUCGCCUCCUCUAAACGACACCGUAACAUUCCUCCUCCUCAUCACCUCAAACCCAAUCUUGCUCGCAGAAACACCAGCACUCUGAGCAGUAGAGACCAACAAAAAGUGGCUCCAAUGGAAACAACAACUGAGCCUCAGCCUUCUGUUGGGUUCAAUAAGAGAAGGGCUGAAGGUAGAGACAAGAGUGAUAAACCCCACAAGAACUUGCAGUUGAAAGUGCGCAAGCUCAACCCUGUCAAUACCAUUUCUUAUGUGCAGAUAUUGGGGACAGGAAUGGAUACUCAGGAUACAUCACCUUCAGUCUUGCUUUUCUUUGAUAAGCAAAGAUUUAUUUUCAAUGCUGGAGAGGGAUUGCAACGAUUUUGCACAGAGCAUAAGAUUAAGUUAUCAAAGAUAGAUCACAUAUUUCUCUCUCGUGUUUGCUCAGAGACUGCAGGUGGUCUUCCAGGUUUACUAUUGACUUUGGCUGGCAUGGGAGACGAAGGAAUGUCUGUCAAUGUUUGGGGUCCAUCAGAUCUCAAGUAUCUAGUUGAUGCCAUGAAGUCUUUCAUCCCAAAUGCUGCCAUGGUUCACACUCGGAGCUUUGGGCCCAUAUUAAGUUCUGAUACUGCUUCUAUGCCUGAUUCAAGUCAGUUUCAAGAACCCAUUGUUCUCAUUGAUGAUGAGGUUGUCAAGAUAUCAGCCAUUCUCCUACGACCAAGUUGCGUGGAUAGGUCUCCACACUUGAAUGAAGAACCUGUCAUGCAGAAUCCUUCAGAAAGGGGUCUAGAUGAGAGAAUGGAUCCAAAUGGAAAAACAGGGUCUAUAAUGAAGCCUGGUGAUAUGUCUGUGAUAUAUGUCUGUGAAUUGCCUGAGAUUAAGGGGAAAUUUGACCCAGCCAAAGCUAUGUCUCUUGGUCUUAAACCUGGCCCAAAGUAUCGUGAGCUGCAACUCGGAAAUUCAGUGAAGUCAGAUCGCCAAAAUAUCACGGUUCAUCCAAGUGAUGUAAUGGGUCCUUCUGUUCCUGGGCCCAUUGUACUCCUUGUUGACUGCCCCACAGAAUCUCACUUGCAGGAGUUGUUGUCUAUACAAUCUCUCAGUAGUUACUAUGUAGAUGCCUUGGGCAAUCUACCAGAGAGUGCUAAGACUGUUACUUGUAUCAUUCAUUUAAGUCCUGCAUCUGUAAUAAGUGGUUCAAAUUAUCAGAGAUGGAUGGAAAGAUUUGGUUCAGCCCAACACAUCCUAGCUGGACAUGAAAUGAAGAAUGUGGAGAUUCCAAUUCUUAAAUCAAGUGCACGAAUUGCAGCACGUCUCAAUUACUUGUGCCCUCAGUUUUUCCCAGCUCCAGGUUUUUGGUCUCUUCAGCAGCUUAAUUACUCAGCACCAGAGUCCAGUGCUUCAAGUGAGGGUCCAGUUUCAAAGCUGUGUGAAAGCAUUGCUGCCAAAAAUCUCCUCAAGUUCACUUUGCGUCCUUAUGCUCACCUUGGGUUGGAUAGAUCUGGUAUUCCAAAUUCAGCGACUCCCACAGAAAUCAUUGAUGAGUUAGUGACAGAGAUUCCAGAGAUUGUAGAUGCUGCCCAAUGUGUCAGUCAGUUCUGGCACGGGUCCAGAGAGACAGAGGAGACAACUUCCUUGCAAGAUAGUAAAGUUUUUGUUGAAGAGCCAUGGUUGAAUGAGAAUUCUCUUCCUGGCUGUUUGGAGAAUAUAAGAAGAGAUGACUUAGAGAUUGUUCUUCUUGGGACUGGUUCAUCCCAGCCAUCUAAAUACCGUAAUGUUAGUUCGAUCUUCAUUAAUCUUUUCGCAAAAGGAAGUUUGCUCUUAGAUUGUGGCGAAGGAACCCUAGGACAGUUGAAAAGGAGAUAUGGUGUAGAGGGUGCAGACGAUGCUGUGAGACAUCUAAGGUGUAUUUGGAUCUCUCACAUUCACGCUGAUCACCACACGGGUUUGGCAAGAAUACUUGCUCUGCGGCGUGAUCUGUUACAGGCAGUGCCUCAUGAACCAUUACUUGUCGUAGGCCCAAGGCAGCUUAAGAGAUAUUUAGAUGCAUACCAAAGACUUGAAGAUUUAGAUAUGCAGUUCCUUGAUUGUAAGCACACUACAGCGGCUUCAUUGGAUGCUUUUGAGGGUUUCAUUGAAUCAAAUAAAGAUCACUCUUCUCCAGAAAGUCCAAUUAAUGUUGAGGAUAUGACCAAUAAAAUUUUAGAUGGCCCAACAGGACAGAACAUUGAUUGUACUCUGUUUGCUAGAGGAUCCCAAAUGCAGAGCUAUUGGAAGAGACCAGGUAGUCCAGUUGAUAAUAGGAUGGCUUUUCCAAUCCUAAAGACCUUGAAGAAAGCGCUAAGUGAAGCUGGUUUAGAGGCCUUGGUUAGUUUUCCCGUCGUGCACUGUCCACAGGCAUUUGGUGUUGCAUUGAAGGCAGCAGAGAGAAUCAAUAGCGUUGGAAAAGUGAUACCAGGGUGGAAGAUUGUGUACUCAGGCGACACCAGGCCCUGCCCAGAAUUGAUAGAAGCAUCCCAUGGUGCAACAGUUCUUAUACAUGAGGCUACUUUUGAGGAUGGCAUGGUGGAUGAGGCUAUAGCAAGAAACCAUAGCACAACAAUGGAAGCAAUAGAAGUUGGGGACUCUGCUGGGGCGUACCGCAUUAUCCUUACCCACUUCAGCCAGAGAUAUCCAAAAAUUCCGAUAUUUGAUGAGACACACAUGCAUAAGACUUGCAUUGCGUUUGACAUGAUGAGUGUUAAUAUAGCAGAUUUGCCAGUACUUCCAAAGGUUCUUCCAUACUUAAAACUGCUUUUUAAAAAUGAGAUGAUAGUUGAUGAGUCUGAUGAUAUUGUAGAUGAUGCUGUAGAGGCUGUACAUGUCGGUUCAUAACAAUAAAUUCUCAAUUAUUAUGAAAUUGGCUUACAUAUUUUCUUUCAAUAA